CGAACCCGAACACCUACAACCGUACAAAACGGAUUCGACACUUCCGCUUUCACUCUCAAAAAAAAUCUCUGCUUUUCAUCUCCCCUGUGGGUUACAGCAACCUGAUACUCUUAUCUCGAGACUUGGAAUCUCGAGAUGGAAGGAGUGGGCUCCACCAGGCUUGGUCGAGCUUCUGCUCGUUACGGUGGUUCGACGGCGGUGUUCAAUGGUCCGGUGAGGAAGUGGAAGAAGAAGUGGGUUCACUUGUCGCCUUCAUCCACCGCUAAACACUCCCAGUCCGGUGGGCAAGGUUCCGCCGCUUCCAGCGUCCUGCUCUGUAGGUGGACCCCACUUUCCUUAGCUAAUUCCGGGUCUUCCGUCGACGGCGAGGACGAUGAGCAGCCCCCAAAGCGCAAGUUCCGCUAUACCCCGGUUGCCGUGUUAGAGGAAGAGCGUAAAAAGGCCGAGCAAUCCACAGACUGGUUGUCUUCUAAGACCGAUAUCGAGUUAAAAAUGAAUGCUCUUUUAAAGAAAGAAACUCAAGUGGCCUAUCAUGGUUUCCGGAAGGACAUUGUUAAACGUUAGGAAGUUCAGGGUUAUUCGAUGAUGGCUUGCACCAUAGUUGAUUCGUAUGUUUAAAGAAAUGGUCGAGUUGUUGAAAUUGUGUACAUCAUCUUGCUCAAAGUUGAAGCCUGGAUAAAAACAAGAUUUUCCUGCUCUUUCUUGUAGUAUCCGAACAUGAGUAAUUUGGACUUGGUUUGUGUUUGAAAGGCCAUGAUGGCAGCCGCAAUUCUGUAGGCAAGAGUGUCGGUCGGGAAAAGGCAACAAGCACAAGCUCGAUGGGAUUUUGGGCUGUCGGUUGAUGUGUAAGUAGUUAAAAGGGAACAUGGUUGAUGUGCUCAAAAGAAUCCACUAAUUUGGUCACUCCAUGGUAAUAAUGGAUCAUAUAGUGUAGUAGUAAUAGUUGUUGGUACAUAUAUAUGCUCGAUCGAAUAUUGCAGUAGUAAUAGUAACCGUAUAUAUUCGAGUUUGCACCUUAUCAAACUGUCAUUGCAGUUAUCAUACACAGAAUAGAAACCAUGUGGAUUAUGCUAACAAUAUUACCUAAAAACUUAGCCCUCUUGUGACAUCUCUUAUUGAGUAUUGAAA